AUGGGAAAAGCAAAGAAACCAACCAAAACACCUCAACCUCUAUCCCCGAGGAUUAUAGUACAGAAUGUUGGUGGGGCCGACCAGCGCAUCCUGGUAGCAGAGUUUGAGGGGUUGGCCGUAGCAGAUGGCCCUGAUAUCAUACCAGACGACAAGGCCUGGUCGCGUUCCGUUCCCGGACAUGUUGGGCCCAUCGCAGUCGGGGACGAACCCAGCAUUAGCGGUCUCUCGGUGUGCAAAGAAGCCAGACCUGAGGAAGAGUUCCUCGAGGUCAGAUCGACUGCGGACCGCGGUCUCGCUGUCUUUGCGGCUCGCAAAAUCAAGGCCGGGACACUCGUGCUGGUCGAACGGGCCCUGAUCGCAUUGGACAAGGACGAGGAGAACGACUACGGCGCGGUGGAGCGCGCGUUCUCCCGACUCUCCCGCGCCGAGCAGAAGAUGUACCUGCGCCUGUUCGAUGCGCAGAAGUCGCGCAUGUCCCGCGUCGUCUCCAUCUACUACAGCAACUGCUACAACUGCGAGACGUUCCGGCCCGGCGGCCAGGGCGGCUCGGCGAUCGGCGCCCUCUCGAGCCGCAUCAACCACAGCUGUGUGCCCAACGUGCAGUUCUCGUUCGACGAGGCCCGCAACGAGAUGAGGUUCUACGCCAUCCGCGACAUCCCCCGCGGGAAAGAGGUGUGCAGUAACUACGACAAGGCCGUCUUUGAGGUCGCGGCCAAGCGGCAGAGGAAACAGCAAAUGUACUAUGGCUUCGUGUGCCGCUGCGAGGCGUGCGAUCCGAAAACAGAGUUUUGGGCCAAGAGCGACGAGCGCAGGCGGGACAUGUACGACGCCAUUCGAGCCGUGCAGUGGUGUGAGAAGAAGCUGGCUGUGGCGGAAAGCGGUGCAGUGGCCGUGACGGUGGUGACGAGUGAUAGAGGCCAAGCUGGAGCUGGAAACUCUAACGCUGCCGCUGUUGCCGCCGCUGACGCUGGGAGUGUGAACGUGGUGGUAGACGAGGCAUUGGCCUUUUUGACGAAACUCGAAUCGUUACUCCUAAAGGAAAGCCUCGUGGGAGUGCCCCUGGCCAACACGUAUCGCAGCAUGGCCAAGUGGGCGGACCGGAAGGGCGACAAGGCAAAGGGCACCGACGAGGCUGUCAAGUGGAAGAUCAAGGAGCUCGAGGCCUGUAUUACCGCUCUUGGGGGGGAGGGUCACAGAACCAAGGAGAUCGGGACCUGGUUGGAGAGACACCCUGUUCUUGGACGUUGA